UCUUAUUGGUCGCAUGCUCGCCCGUCUCCGUGUAUGCGUAAAUGGAGAGUUCUUCCGCUCCGCGUCUCCGUUGACUGGAGACCCGCCGGAGCGCCGGCGCUUGGGUUUGGUGGCCUCUAGUGAGAUCAAGAGGACCCAAGGACCACCCGGUAGCUACUAUGUUGUCAAGACUUUUCCGAAUGCAUGGCCUCUUUGUGGCCUCCCAUCCCUGGGAGGUCAUAGUGGGCACAGUGACACUGACCAUCUGUAUGAUGUCCAUGAACAUGUUUACGGGUAAUGAUAAGAUCUGUGGUUGGAACUACGAGUGUCCAAAGUUUGAAGAGGAUGUUUUGAGCAGUGACAUUAUAAUUCUGACAAUAACACGGUGCAUAGCAAUCCUGUAUAUUUACUUCCAAUUCCAGAAUUUACGUCAACUUGGAUCGAAAUAUAUUUUAGGUAUUGCUGGCCUCUUCACAAUUUUCUCAAGUUUCGUAUUUAGCACAGUCGUCAUUCAUUUCUUAGAUAAAGAAUUGACAGGCUUGAAUGAAGCUUUGCCAUUUUUCCUGCUUUUGAUUGACCUUUCCAGAGCGAGUACUUUAGCAAAAUUUGCCCUCAGUUCUAAUUCACAGGAUGAAGUAAGGGAAAAUAUUGCACGUGGAAUGGCAAUUUUAGGUCCCACUUUCACCCUUGAUGCUCUUGUUGAAUGUCUUGUGAUUGGAGUGGGUACCAUGUCAGGGGUGCGUCAACUUGAAAUUAUGUGCUGUUUUGGCUGCAUGUCAGUUCUUGCCAACUACUUCGUGUUCAUGACUUUCUUUCCAGCUUGUGUGUCCUUGGUACUAGAGCUUUCACGGGAAAGCCGUGAAGGUCGUCCAAUAUGGCAACUCAGCCAUUUUGCCCGCGUUUUAGAAGAAGAAGAAAAUAAACCAAAUCCCGUAACUCAGAGGGUCAAGAUGAUUAUGUCUCUAGGCUUGGUUCUUGUUCAUGCUCACAGUCGCUGGAUAGCGGAUCCUUCUCCCCAAAAUAGUACAGCAGAAAAUUCGAAAGUUUCAUUAGGAUUGGAUGAAAACGUUUCUAAGAGAAUUGAACCAAAUGUCUCCCUUUGGCAGUUUUAUCUCUCUAAAAUGGUCAGCAUGGAUAUUGAGCAAGUUAUUACUCUAAGUUUAGCUCUUCUUCUGGCCGUCAAGUACAUCUUCUUUGAACAAGCAGAGACAGAAUCUACAUUGUCGUUAAAAAACCCAAUCACGUCUCCUAUAGUGACCCAAAAGAAAAUCUCAGACAAUUGCUGUAGGCGUGAACCCUCACUGGUCAGAAGUAACCAGAAAGUCCUAGCAGUGCAGGAAGAGACAGGGAUAAACCGAGAAAGCAAAGUUGAAGUUAUAAAACCCUUAGUGACAGAAACUGACACCUCCAACAGAGCUACAUUUGUGGUUGGUAACUCUUCGUUACUCGAUACUUCACCGGUAUUAGAGACACAGGAACCUGAAAUUGAACUUCCCAAGGAACCUCGACCUAAUGAAGAAUGUCUACAGAUACUCGGGAAUGCGGAGAAAGGUGCAAAAUUCCUUAGUGAUGCUGAAGUCAUCCGAUUAGUCCAUGCUAAGCAUAUCCCAGCUUACAAAUUGGAAACUAUGAUGGAAACCCAUGAACGAGGUGUAUCUAUUCGCCGACAGUUGCUUUCCAGAAAGCUUCCAGAGCCUUCUUCUCUCCAGUACCUACCUUACAGGGACUAUAAUUACUCCUUGGUGAUGGGAGCUUGCUGUGAAAACGUGAUUGGCUACAUGCCUAUCCCUGUUGGAGUGGCAGGCCCAUUGUGCUUGGAUGGAAGGGAAUUUCAGGUUCCAAUGGCAACAACGGAAGGUUGUCUUGUGGCCAGCACUAACAGAGGCUGCAGAGCCAUAGGUCUUGGUGGAGGUGCCAGCAGCCGAGUCCUUGCUGAUGGGAUGACCCGUGGCCCUGUGGUGCGCCUGCCCCGGGCCUGUGACUCUGCAGAAGUGAAAGGCUGGCUUGACACACCUGAUGGGUUCACAGUGAUGAAGGAGGCUUUUGACAGCACCAGCAGAUUUGCACGUCUGCAGAAAAUCCAUACGAGUCUAGCUGGACGCAACCUUUAUAUUCGUUUCCAGUCCAGGACAGGUGAUGCCAUGGGGAUGAACAUGAUCUCAAAGGGUACCGAGAAAGCACUUUCAAAACUUCAUGAGCUUUUCCCUGAAAUUCAGAUUCUAGCAGUUAGUGGUAACUAUUGUACUGACAAGAAACCUGCUGCUAUCAACUGGAUAGAGGGAAGAGGAAAGUCUGUUGUUUGUGAAGCUGUCAUUCCAGCCAACGUUGUCAGAGAAGUCUUAAAGACAACUACAGAAGCGAUGAUUGAGGUAAACAUUAAUAAGAACCUAGUGGGCUCGGCCAUGGCUGGGAGCAUAGGAGGCUACAAUGCGCACGCUGCCAACAUUGUAACCGCCAUCUACAUUGCUUGUGGACAGGAUGCAGCACAGAAUGUGGGUAGCUCAAACUGUAUUACUUUAAUGGAAGCCAGUGGUCCCACAAAUGAAGAUUUGUAUAUCAGUUGCACCAUGCCAUCUAUAGAAAUAGGAACUGUGGGUGGUGGGACCAACCUGCUACCUCAGCAAGCCUGUUUGCAGAUGCUAGGUGUUCAAGGAGCCUGCAGAGACAAUCCUGGGGAAAAUGCCCGGCAGCUGGCCCGAAUUGUGUGUGGUACAGUAAUGGCUGGGGAAUUGUCACUUAUGGCAGCAUUGGCAGCAGGACAUCUUGUCAAAAGUCACAUGGUUCACAACAGGUCAAAGAUAAAUCUACAAGAUCUCCAGGGAAUUUGCACAAAGAAAAUAGCUUGAAUAGCCUGACAGUUCUGAAUGAAACAUCGGCACUGGAUUCUAAAGGACUAAAACUUAAAGUAUGUGAAUUAAAAAGCUCAGUGCGAUGUCUUGUUGAACAUGAAUAGACGGGAUCAGUCAGAUGGCUGCUUGGGUUGGGGCUCUUCAGAGAGGUCU